CAAAGCCGGAGCCCAAUGGUGAAAACAAAACGUCCUUAAAUUGUCGAAGUAAACUUCCUGAUUACUUAAGUGUUUUAACAUUUGUGUGUAGACUGCAAGUAAUUAAUUCUAAAAUUAAUUUUACAUUAUUCAGACGAUAUAACAAAACGUUGCGAAGACUUCGAAGUAAUUGCAACUUCUACCACGUCCGGUAUUUUUAAUGUACGCAACUCUAGCACAGUUAUGAAUAUGAAAACGAUGCGUUUGCGAAAUCUCCAACUCGUGCUUUAUAACAAUCAAAUGGCACAUACACUUUUCUUGAAGUUCCCAUCUGAUUGAUACCGGCGCAUACAUUGAGACCAUGGAAGAGAGACUUUCGAAGAAAGAGGCACAGAACUGGCUUAAAUGUAUGUUUGCAGCAUACACGACCAGGGAUGCAAUUGCACAAUUAGCUGACAUCGGAUUUAAAGCAUUUUACACUCAUAUAAGAAGUGUCAUGCAUGCAAAAUACGGUAUUCUUGAAACAAAGACAUGUAGUUCAUGUUGUACACCUUCAAAACAAUGCAGUCUGUGUUCAGAAAUAGGUUAUCAGAUUUGGGACAACCAUCGUUUUAAAAAAGCAAAUUUGAAAGGCCCUUCAUGGAACAAUACGGAUACCACACAAUGGUAUACUGAAUCGUGGGAGUUGGCCAAGUGCUACAUGCCUCCCAGCGGUUACAGAGAUAAGCCAAAUGCCGACAGCACAGACUUCAAUGGCAUUAUUGGUGCCAUAUACAACUGUAUCUGGAUGCAGUGCUAUUUUAUGGAUGAUCUUAGUAAAGAUUCCAACAUAUGUACAAAGGCACGAGAAGAAGUUAAGGAACUACGACACCUACAGGACAUAGAAAUAUGUGAUGGUGAUAUGAUCAGCUUCUUCGAUUGUCUUUUAAAUCUCCUUAAUGAUCCUGCACACCUAUUUAGUUUUAAGCCAGCUGCGGAUGCACGCACUUACCUUAAACAGCUUCAGCAAGACACUCUGGCCUUGUCCGAGAAAGCUGUAAAACGCACGCUGAAAAAUAUCUAUGAAGACCGAAAGGAAGCCUUUUUGGUUGACAAAACAAAUAUUUGGAAGAAAACGAAAAAGGAAGAGUCUAUAAAAGAAGCAGAACCAUUCAACCAAGUUCAAACAACUGAAGGGAAUACUUCAUCUCAUGAGUUGCAUGAUAUGAGUACAGUUUAUCAAAUGUCAUCAGACGUAUCUGAAACACGAACAACUGGACCGUCAACAUCAUCAACCAUCAGCCUGGAUGUAAAAAAGGCUGGAGAGUUUGCUAAGGCGAGUGAAGACACACUGAAAAGCCGUCAGAUCAUCAAAGCUAAGAGGAGGACAGCAGCCGAACCUGUUGGUGAGGCUCAGAAGGAUAGACUUAGGAAAAAUGGGCUUCGAAUUGAAGUACUUGGAUCAUACAACGAUACAUCAAAACAAAUGCAUUUUAAUGUACUGCUUGUGAUGAAAAACACAGCUACGGACGAAUACUGGACAUCAUUUAUUGAUGAUCGAUUCAAGUGCAAUAAAGACGGGUUUGAAACGAGUUGCGAGUGUUGUGUAGUCUAUGAACCAGAGUUUCAGUUUCCAAACUGGGUCAGGCCUUCCUGGGGUGAAAUUACGUUUAUGUUCCCACAACCGGACGGAACACUUCGGAUGGAGAUCAUGAUGUCAACAGAUGAUGUACAUAAAGUACAGUUUUUGUUCAGUAACAGGAAUAUAUCGACGGCUUUUCAACUUGAAAUGAGAAACUAUUGUUCUACAAUCAAAGGGAACACGGGUUGUUUUACUGUUGAAAUGUUUUCAAACAGCAUUAGGCCAGAGGAGUUCAUGAAUCGUAUUAAAACCAGAUGCGAGUCUAUUAUCACCUUCUAUGUCGUGAAUUCAGAGGAAAAUAAAUGCGUUUUCCAAAACAUUUUAAAAAUGGAACCCGACAAGUUAAACGAGAGAACAAUGAUUCUGCAUCACAAUGAAAUUUUGGUUUGCGUGGCAGAUGGCACUGCUUUUUUGAACGAGACACUCAAAGAUGUGGGUUAUACAGACGUUGAAACAGUUGAUAUAAACUCCUUACAGGAAAACAUUAAAGAUUUGGGUAUAGAAAAAAACUGUAUCAAUUUGCACCCGCAUUUGAAGGGCGUCUAUGUUGAUUUGGUGAAACAAACGUGUACUUUUUCUUGGUAUGGUAGGCGGCAUGAAAAAGGGAUGGAUCUAAUCAAACGUUUCUUAAAUAGAUUCGAAAGGACAGAGUUCAUUUCACAUGACUUUGAUUGGACGAAGUUUGCUUCGAAUUUGAUAUUUCAAAACACCGGAAAUACAAACACGGAGUUUUUGAAGUACAUUACGUCCAAAUAUUUGAAAAAUAAAUCAGAAGUAGAAAUUCCUUCAUUCUGCCUCGUUAAGAAUGAUGAAGGAAAUAUAGUUUUAGUUCAGACAGGUUCGGCAAAAGAAUUAUCAAAUUUAAUACAGAGCUCGCUGCAUAUUCAUAAAAUAAGCCGGGAAUGUUUUGAAUCAGAUCAACUGAGGCAGCGACUCUUAAAAGACAAAAACAAGAUUUGGUUCGAUAAGCAUCAAGGGGUAAUUGUAUGUUUUGAUUUUUUAAGCAAAGAUAUCAUGUCUUGUUUCGUCCCUAAACCUAACAAAAUAAGCAGAAAUAUAACUGGCGACGAAUUAAGAAUGCUGCCUUCAUACAUACAAACGUUUAGCAAGGACUUAGCAUCAAAAUGUAAGACAUUUGAAGUUGACUUGAUUAUUCACAACGAAACCGUGGUCCUAGAAGGUACUGACAGCACUCAAAUUGACAAAUGCCUGAACCUUAUAAUUGGACAGUAUUCAUCAAGACGAAUGUUGGUUGUUGUAGAAGACAAUACAUUUGAGCAUUGUAAAGCGGAGCUGCAACGAGUUCAAAAUUCAAAAAGUUGUCGUUUCAAAUGUCUGUCUAUGAACAAGAUAAAAACAAAUUUGACAGGAUUUGCAGCGGAGUAUCAGGAUCUGUACGGAACAACUCACUUCCGUCUGUUAGAAGAUGGUUCAAAGAUUAGAACCGAUAUUCUUUUAGAACUCUCCAAUGAACACGAAUUACCUCUCUCAAACAAGGACUCUGCGAAACGAUAUCGAUGUUUUGCAACGGAUGAGUUGGACGUAAAAUGUCUCAUGGGUGAUGUGCUACGUGUAUUGCACAAAUCCUCCAUAAACGAAAGAUUACAAUGCAUAGAAAUCUGGUCUAUUGUGUGCACUCAAUCAAAAGGCAAUAUCACAUAUGUUAUAUCAAGUGAUCAACUAAUCAAAGCCUUUUCAGUGGUGCUUGGCUGUGCACUGCAAAAGAAUUUUAUAAACAUCUGUCUGCGUAUGUCGCUGAACGGAAAUAUCCACGCCUGGCUACCUGAAACACUCAUUGUGAAUAGUCUGGUACAGGCAUUUUGUAAACAAAGCAAAGCAGAUAAUUCAGUACAAAUGACUGUUGAAAUUCCCCUCCCCAAAGAUGUCAUUGUUGAAACAGCAUACGCCCUGGAGGAAGCACUAAUGAAGAUGCACGGCGCUUUCGUGAAAAUCCCACGCAUGCAUUAUUCAGAGGAAGGGGCAAUUGAUGUUGUGAUAAAAGUUUCUUCAAUUCAGAAGGAAAUGGCGGACGUUAUUGUAUGCGCACAAUCACAAUCGCUAGAUUUCCAAGGGCAGUGUGCGAAGGAAAUCGCACAUGCUGCAGGGGAUGCAAUCGUCGCAGAAUGUAUGGAGCACUUUCCCAACGGCAUUGAGUAUUGCGAUGUGGCCUACACAAGCGCACACAGACUCAAAUCGAACGGAGUGAAAUACAUAUUUCACACUGCCUUACCAGCAUUCAAUGAAGCGUACAUGCAAAAUAUACGUCAGGUUGUCCGAAAUUGCUUGAUUACGGCAGAAGAGCUGGGUUGUGAAACUAUUGCAUUUCCGGCCUUCGGUGUAGGUAACCGUGAAUACCCUUGGCGAGAAACGGCCUUCCAAAUGUUUGAAUCUAUAUACGACUAUGGGAAGCAAAACCCUUCAACAAUUCUUAAAAAAAUCACAGUGGUUACAUUUGAGGGCGAUCAAGCAACAUGCAGGGCGUUUGAGUACGAAAAUUAUAGAAGAAGAACGAUAUGCCCAAAAAUACAACCUGAUUCUACGAAACACGGAGAUAUUAUUCAAAGGACGAUUGGUAAUGUUUCGAUAAGGGUUGUAGAAGAAAAGAAUGCGAUGCGGCCCGCAUAUGCCGUUGAAGCGUUUUUCGAUUCAGACGGAGAUGGAUUCAAGUUAAAACGUGCAAUAUGGGAAUCGAAAACGCAAAAUGACCAAAUAAUUGUUGGAUUAAAAAAGAGCCUCUUUUAUAAUUUUUUUGACAAUAUUCGUGACACGAUAACAGACGAGCGCGUAACCCAUCUCAUCUGGAACUUAGAUAAAACCUCUCAAAUGUGUUAUGGAGAUCAAGUCACCACGAUCGUUAAGAUGAUGGAAGCCAUUUGUAACAAGCACGACAUGAACUACUUGAUGGUUGUCGACAUCAUUGUGCCCGAUGAGUCGGGGUUUGCGUCAUUCAAAAGUCAAGCAGAUGCAUCCAAGUGGACACUUAUAUCUGUAAAAGACAAACGUGAAUGCGUCGUGGAGGUGAUAGCCGAAAGCAAAGACGCUCUAGUGCGUGCUCGCAAUAUUGUGGAAGAAGUGUUACAACAUAAGCGACCAACGGUUUGCAAUAACGGAACUUCAACCGAACGGUCCUUGCCCAAUGUUGAUCCGGCAAAUGAAACAACUAUGUCACCAAAGCAUCAAGUUACGUUACAUACUAACACAAAUGUGCCGCCCGCAAGCGUUUGUCCUCCGGCCAUGAACUCCGAGAAAGAAACUGAAACUGAAGAAGCAAUUAAUAUUAAAGGAAAAAUAUCUUAUUUAAACACGGAUCCUUUAGUAGCUGGCAAGUCUGCAGGCGGACAUUCCGUGUCUGAGUCCGAGAAAUCGGAUGAAAUUGAGAGUUAUGAGCUAUCAGCAGUGAUCAAUCCUGGGAUGACUGCAUAUUUACAAGAUCAUCUUUCAAAAUGGAUUACAGCGAUGGAGAGUAUAUACAAAGUGAAAAUUUACUAUAAAGAACCAACGCAUAUCGUCUAUGGAAACAUGGACAAUGUUAUUGCAUUUGAACAAUACUUGGAAAACAAUUUUCCACAUAUAGAGACGACUUUGUGAAAACAUUUGCAACAAAGCUGGAUAUUCCAUUAUAAUUAAGUUAUGAAUUAUUACGUUGUUGGUCUAUCUGGAAUAAUUAUGUUGUUGGUCUAUCUGUUUAAUUUAAACUCGUGUGUAUUGAUAAGCUGCUGAAGCAUUUAGAACUAUAAAUGAGAUCAAAUUGUGCGAACUUCACACAAUUGUAGCAAUGGAGUGCAUGUAUGUGUGAAUGUAUAUUUGUAUGUGGAACGGAUCAGUUUAGGGUUUCGAAGUGACUUUUGGAAUAAUUCAACUGGCUUAAAUAUUUGUGCAUCCGAACAUUAUGUCAACGGUAAUAUGGGAUGUGCGACCAGAACGAGCAUUUAAAAAAUAAUGUACGUGUUGAAAAAAAGUUAACUAACAUAUUUUUUAUUUGUAUAAGACGUGUUUUUCUAUACGUUGUAUUUCAUUAACACGCGUACAUCAUUAUUAUUUGUCCUAAUGUGUGAUAUUUUUGCUAUAUCCAAACAGGACGUCAAUCUUUUAUAAACUAUUUAAAAAAAAUGUAUUGUUGGAUACAUAUACUAGCGUACAUGGUCGUAUUUGUUUAAACGUUUUCAUAUACAAUGUCAUAAUUAGUGUUUAGUUGCUGUAAUGCUAAUGUUUUGAUGAAAACAAACAAAUGAGCAUUUACAAAUGCUUUCCGUUUAGUUUGUUUUUUAGCUCACCUGAGCACAACCUGCCCAUGGUGAGCUUUUGUGAUCGCUUUUUGUCCGUCGUCCGUCGUCAGUCGUCCGUCAACAUUUUGCCUUGUGAACACUCCAGAGGCCACAUUUAUGGUCCGAUGUUCAUAAAAAUUGGUCAGAACAUUUGUCCCAUCGAUACCCCGACUGAGUUCGAAACUGCAUCAUGCUGGGUCAAGAACUAGGUCACUAGGUAAAAAAAAAAGAAAAACAUUGUGAACACUGUAGAAGUCACAUUUGAUGCCCAAUCUUCAUGAAACUUUGUCAAAAUGUUUGUCUAAAUGAUAUUUUGGUCGAGUUAAAAAAUGGUUCCGGUCUUUUGAAAAACAUGGCCGUCAGGGGGCGGGGCAGUGUUCAUUAUAUGGCUAUAGAGAACCCUAGUGAACACUCUAGAAGUCACAAUUUUCGCCCAAUCAUCACGAAACUUAGUCAAAACAUUGGUUUCAUUGAUAUCUCGGACGAGUUCGAAAAUGGUCCAGAUCGGUGAGAAAAAAUGGCCGCCAGGGGGCAGGGCAGUUCCCUCUAUAAGUAUAUACUGAAAACAUGUGAAGUUGGAUGAGUUCAAAAAUGGUAAUCUUUGCUUGAAAAACAUGGCAUCCAAAGAGCGGGGCAUUUUCCUUAUAUGGCUAUAGUAAAAUCUUGUUAACACUCUAGAGGCCACAUUUAUUUCCAAUCUUCAUGAAACUUGGUCAGAAGAUUCAUCCCAAUAAUAUCUUGGAAGAGUUCGAAAAUGAUGCCGGUUGGUUGAAAAUCAUGGCCGCCAGGGGGCGGGGCAUUUUUCCUAAUAUGGCUAUUGUAAAACCUUGUUAACACUCUAGAGGCCACAUUUAUUUUCCGAUCUUCAUGACACUUGGUCAGAUGAUUUGUCCCAAUGAUAUCUUGGAUGAGAUUGAAAAUGGUAACCUUUGCUUAAAAAACAUGGCUGCCAAGGGACGGGGCAUUGUUCCUUAUAUGUCUAUAUAUGGCUAUAGUAAAAUCUUGUUAACGAUCUAGAGGCCACAUUUAUUGUCCAAUCUUCAUGAAACUUGGUGAGAAGAUUCAUCCCAAUAAUAUCUUGGACGAAUUAAAAAAUGAUGGCGGUUGGUUGAAAAACAUGGCCGCCAGGGGGCAGGGCAUUUUUCCUUAUAUGGCUAUAGUAAAACCGGUUUACUAACAACUCGCCCCCUUAACGACUCGCCCCAUAACGACUCGCCCAACUUUUUAUAACGACUCGCCCCACUUUUAUAACGACUCGCCCCACAUGUAUAACGACUCGCCCCACAUAGAUAACGACUCGCCCCAUCAUUACUUAUAUGGUAGGAUUUUUAUUUAAUUUCGAUUUUAUUGUGUUUUAAGUCACCUGUGUUGUGUAUUCAGAUCAACAGGUAAUAAAUAGGUAUAUUUAAGAUUAUAAUGGUAAUUUUAAAAUUAUAAAUAAAAAAUUAUCUUACAGAUGAAUUGUGUCCGUAAAAUUUCUGCAAAAAAUAUAUUUCGGCAAAGACCUUUUUUCAUUGUUCUUACCUUUCAAUACCCGUAUAUAUGAAAAUAUCUUUACCACGAAGCAAGGUAUUCACGCUUUCGCGAUUAUGACACGUGUAUUGUUGAUUGUCAUCACCCGCCCGCGGUACUGUACCUGUCAAUUAUGUUGUUAAUUCAUCGGUCUCCUUUAUAACGAUAAUCCCUAAAUUCUUGAGUAAUUUGGGAAUCUUUAAUUGUCGAUAUGAUCUUAGCCUUUGCUUCUUUUUAUAAAUAUAAAGGAAAGUAUAACAUUAGACAAAUGUGCUGAUAUCAAAUAGUCUUGCUUUAUGAUAAUAUUGUCACUGAACAAAGAUGUAAAAAAAACAUCAUAAAAUAAAAAUUAUUACUUUUCAGAAUAUGCCUGCAAUAGACGUAUAUAAGGUCCGGUAUGAGGCAAAAAACCGCUGAACGAUGGUUAUCAAACAAUGCCGAAUCUUAAAUUCAUAUUAUGAAUUGAUUUCAUUUAUAUUACCAUAUAUAAUAUAACAUUUUAUUUUGAUAUUGCGAGUCGUUAUAUAUGUGGGGCGAGUCGUUAUACAUGUGGGGCGAGUCGUUACAAAAAGUGGGGCGAGUCGUUAUGGGGCGAGUCGUUAAGGGGGCGAGUCGUUACAUUACCAGUAAAACCUUGUUAAUUAACCCUUCCUGUGCGGCGACCGGAUUUAUCCGGUCAGGCAAUUCUAAACCCGGCUCAUGCGGCAACCAGAUAAAUCCGUCAAAUCAUACAAUUUCCCAUAUCCCGGUGUGACCCAAAUUCGACGAUAUAACGGAUACAUAAAGCAAUAUUUAGCGAAUAAUAAAAAAACUUAUAUAGCUUAAAAUAAUAAUUUUUAACUCGGCUGUAAUUCUUUGAAAUGAUUCCAAGAGAAUAAUCAUCAAUUUAAAUUUAAACCGAUAAAAAUAGAACAUCGUCGAAUUUAGGUGUCGUCGAAUUUGGGUUACGGUAGAAUACUCCAUUUAAUAAUCCUCCUCCUAGAUAAUCCAAUGUUGUUGCAACUUUCUUAAACAUAAUCCAUUUCCUAAGUCUUUUCUCCAAUAUCUUUUAAUAUCCUUGUACUUGUUAUUUGUAUAUUUCUUGCAACAAAAUAAAUCGUUUGUUGUGGUUUA